CCAUCAAUAGGCAUCAUACCUAUCACUUACAACGAGGGCAACACAAUAAUCUUCACCUGAGAGGACUCUAAAUACAUUCCGGAUUAAUUUCCACUGCGAGAUCACAGAUUGUUUUGAUCAUGGACAUCUUCUUAUUAUAACUUUGUGGAUAUUUCAAACUACUUUAUUAUUUUUUACAUUCGCUGCAGAGUUUCAAAUACAUAUUUUUUUUAUUAGCAAUUUAUCAAUUGUGCACCUGGUAAUUUAGGAGAUGACAUCUAGGUUGCAGAUAUUGCUCUUGUUGUGGUGUGCGGUCGCUCUCAAUUGGGCACCAGUCGCAUUCAGCGAUGUAAUGGAGAAUGGAAUAAAAGAGGAACUAGAACAGACCGACGGACCACUUCUGGAUGAUGAGAUGGACAAUCAGGAGAACGUUUUAACUCAGCUUCUGGGAGAUUAUGACAAAGUGAAAACGCUGUCGGAAGGCUCUGACUGUCGCUGUAAAUGUGUUGUCAGACCGCUGAGCAGAAGUGCCUGCCGGCGGAUAGAGGAGGGUGCCGCCAAGGCUGAAGACUUUUACACAGUGGAGACUGUGACAUCAGGGCCCAAUUGUAAAAAGUGUGCGUGUAUAGCCCCACCCUCCGCUCUGAAUCCCUGUGAGGGAGAUUACAGAUUCAAGAAGCUGCAGGAGGCCGGGAAAGAUGACAUCAAGCUCUCAACAGUAAUGGAGUUACUGGAGGGAGCGUUUUACGGGAUGGAUCUAUUAAAGUUGCACUCAAUUACAACCAAACUCCUCAACCGGGUUGACAAUAUAGAAAAGACCUUUUCUUGUGACCACACAGAGAAGGAGAAAGUGAGUGUGAGGAGCCCCUCUAGUGAGGAAAAGGAGAGAGAGAAGGAGAGAGAGAAGGAGAGAAGAGCCCACCAGAGGAUGGAAAAGAGAAAACGUCUGACUGAGCUGGAGCCGUCCCUGCAGAAGGAUACAGCUGCAGCUUAUGCUAACACAGAGAAGAAGUAUGAGGAGCGCUACGUGGGGGCCAAGGGCCAGAGGGCCACCAGGCCCAUGCUGAAGAGGAGGGAGGAGCCCCAGUGGCCCCUGAAAGGCAAGGUGGGAACCAACGGCAUGGUCAUCAGAGGAGUGACCUUCUACAAGGCCAACACGGUAAACGAUGGAGCCGCUGAGGAGCUCACAGCAGACGAAGCCCUGAGCGGUGAUGGUUCCAUGGACCUGCUCAUCGAUGACCAGCUCCUGAGACCCACCCAGCCCAGACCUGUAGCAGGCCCCCCGACACCAGCAUCCCAAGACAGGAAGGGGAACCCAGACCACCAGGCCACUCGUGCCCCCAAAACAGCCUCUAGUCCCCAAGGGAAUCCCACUACAUCUGCCCCUAGAGCUACCGAGACACCAUCAACCACUGUGUCCAUCCCGACCACCCCCAUUCCAACCACAACUAUGACCACAGCAACCACCACUACUACAAUGGUUGCGACAACCACAAGCACCACUCAACCAGCGACCACUAGGAAACCUGAAACCUUGUCUAUUUUGACCUCGUCCCCAACCACUGCGGUGCGACAGGUCAACAGCAUCACAGCCCCACCCAGCAAGGUGACGGUUGCGCCCAAACCCAAGCAUCGCAUCAGCUGGACAGAGGGCCCCUCAGAGUUCCCCUCGGCGACCCCUAAAGUCCCGGGCAUGUGCAAAGACACUCUGGCCACCAUCUCGGACCCAGUGACCCAUAACACCUACGGCCGGAAGGAAGGGGCCUGGAUGAAGGACCCAAAGGGCAACGGAAAUGUAAUCUAUGUCACCAACUACUACUAUGGUAACCACCUACUAGAAUUCCACGACAUGGACAACUUCAAACAAGGACACUUCACCAACUCCUACAAGCUACCGUACAACUGGAUCGGCACAGGCCACGUGGUGUACAACGGAGCUUUCUAUUACAACCGCGCCUUCUCCCGUGACAUCAUCAAGUUCGACCUGCGUCUGCUCUAUGUGGCGGCCUGGACGACGCUGCACGACGCCGUGUUAGAGGAGGAGGACGCCUCCUGGAGGUGGCGUGGACACUCGGACAUCGACUUUGCGGUGGAUGAGAGCGGCCUGUGGUUAGUGUACCCUGCGCUGGAUGAGGAGGGCUUCCAUCAUGAAGUAAUCAUCCUAAGCCGUGUGAACCCGACCGACCUCAGCCUCCAGAAUACGUUCAGAACGAGCCUGAGGAGACACUUCUACGGAAACUCCUUUGUCAUUUGUGGCGUCUUGUAUGCGGUGGACAACUACGAACGCACCCACGCCAAUAUAUCCUAUGCCUUCGAUACGCACACACACACCCAGAUGAUCCCCAGAAUACCGUUCACAAACAACUACACGUACAUGACGCAAAUCGACUACAACCCCAAGGACAAAAAGCUGUACGCAUGGGACAACGGUCACCAGGUGACCUACGAUGUUAUAUUUGCAUAUUAAAAGCAGACAAGUAGUGAUAUAUAUAAUAAAGGGACGAGCACUUUUUUGUAUAAAAGAUAAAAAAUAUAUACAUUUUAUGUCUUAGUGGAUUGUAGAUCAGUCUACAGGGCCAUUGUGUUUUGCACUGUAUAAUCUCUGUUGCUCUGUUUGUGUUUUUAUUUCUCAAAAUGUCUCCCAUGUUGUCCCAACGCAUGUUGUUGUAUUUUAAUAUUUAAUGGUCACUGUUUUUAACUGCCCAAAGGGCAGCAGGCAUGAUCAUUCAGCGAAGCAAGACAAGGUUAUUUCUUACUGCUUGUUAGAAGUUUAAAGUGUAUGUUGUAUAUACUGUAAUUUAAAAUGAAGCUUUUAAUAAAAUACAUGCCUUCAAACAUGAA